AUGAAGGUCGCGUACUCAAUAGUGAACCUGUACGCCGACGGAGCCGACUGGACAGACUUCCACCGCGACAACUACCGUCCCGAGGGGAACCGAAUGAAGGCGCAGGGCGGGGAGGCGAACGCGCACAACGCCACCAUAGGCGCAAGCUUCGGAGCGCAGCGCGAGCUCAGGUUCCGGCACCUGGAGACUGGCCUCGAGUUCGCGUUUCCCCAGGGCCGUUGUCGGUUGGCCAUGUCAGAGUCGCGUCUGGCCGACCCCGCACUGCGAAGGUCGCCCAUGGAUAAUUGCACCAAUUUCACAUCUUGUUUGUUCGUAGAGAGUUGCCGUCUGAAGAACCUCAAUCACUGGCCCUCUUAG